AUGGUCGUAGUCAGGAAAUGUCUUGGCUGCAUUACUGCAUUGCAUUUAUGCUUGUCCAUGGUGGAUGAUAUCCAAAGGCUAGCCAAAAUUGGUCUUUGUGUCAGCCCUGGAUCUGUACACAACAAAUUAGCAUCCUGGAUUGAUAAACUGGAUGAAGAAAUUAUUCAGUUAAGGAAGGAAUGGGCUGAGGGAGGGCAUGUGAAGUACCAGUUGGUUGGAGACAACUGGGACAAGAACAUUAUCCCAGCCUUUAGGACAUCGCAACAGAAAACUUUAUCUCUUCACCUGUUCAAUAUAGUUGUGGUGGUAGAUAGGAUAAUCCCUACUUGUGCACCCAUGGGAAAUGGAGAAGACCAGGAAACAGACACAUCAAUAGAUAAAGAGAAAUUUAUUCCGUCGAUCGAGGAGCAGGGUAUGUUAAUGGAUGAACUGAUUUUCCUCUUUGCGAGCUCAGUGAUCCAGAAUGUUCCUCAGAUGAAAGUAGAAUUUGAAAAAAUUUAUCGUGUACAUCUCACCCAUCAGUAUAGUGCACAAGCAGGAGAAAAAACAAAACAGUAUCCAUUAGGAUUAUUUGACACCAAUGAAACAAAAACAGCUGAUAUGAUACAGCUACUUAGGGAUAUGCAAUCUAAAUAUGUUCCAUUCCAAAAUGGUGAAAUAUUAGAAUCUGUUUUUUUUUUGGUGUUUUACUAG